AUGACAAUCUACUCACUAUACAUCUUUGACCGUCACUGCGACUGCGUCUACUACCAGGACUGGCACCGUACGCGGCCUGUGCGCACGCCCGCAGACGACCGGCCGGGGGUGCACCGUCUCGCUGCGCCGGUGGCCCCUGGGGCGCGCGAGAGCAUCUUCUCAUCCUCGGGGCCCGGAACGCCAGGCGUACCGACAGUCCCGCCUAAGAGGCAGGGGGGGCUGCCAUUCGACGAGGAGGCAAAGCUCGUAUAUGGCGUCGUGCUGAGUCUGCGGAACAUGGUCAAGAAGCUGUCCGGGAAGGACGAGCAGUUCACGUCGUUCAAGACGGCGCAGUACCGGCUUCACCUUUAUGAGACGCUUACGGGGUUCAAGUUCGUAUUGCUGAGCGACCCGAGCGCCGACAGCUUGCGGUUUGUGCUCCGCCAGAUCCACACCGGCCCGUUCAUCGACUAUGUCGUGCGCAACCCGCUCGUCGAGAUGGAUUCGCGGACACAGGGGAUCGACAAUGACCAAUUCCGCGCCGCCGUCGACCGACACAUGCGCAAUCUGUCCAUAUUCAACUAG